CAGUCAGAGCAUCCCUCCUCUUCCGCAAUUUCGCGCCUCAAAGCUUGUUCUAGACGCUUCUAGAAUCUAGGCCGCGGCAUGGGCAACGGCCUCUCCCCUUGCCUGCGCGCCCCGGCCGUGCACGGCAAGGGAGCGGAGGCGAGGCUGGUGUUCUGGGGCGGGCAGACGAGGCUCGCCGCAGCUUCCGGCGGGCGGUUCACCACGGCAGGCGACGUCACGGCGGAGGCCCCCGACCACCUCGUCUGCUCCGGCGACUCCUUCUUCAUCGGCCUCCCGAUCCCGGCGCUGCCGCCGGGCGAGGAGCUGCUGGCGGGGCGGACCUACUUCGUGCUCCCCGCGGCCCGGUUCUCCAGCUGCCAGGCGCUCACCGCGGCCUCGCUCGCGUCGCUGUCGCCGGCCCCGACCAAGGUGUCCCUCGCCGGCGAGUCGUCCCCGUUCGAGUACGUCACCGGCGCCGACGGCAUGGCGCUCAUCAGGGUCCUCCCGGAGUUCAUCGAAAAGGUGAUCACGUCCGACGGUGGCGGCGACAAGAAGUGCGGCGCGGCGGCGCCGGAACAGCUGUGCAGCACGCCGGAGCUGAGGAAGCACUACAUGCAGCUGGUGGGGGCGAGGCAGCAGCGGCCGUGGUCGCCGGGGCUCGAGACGAUAUCGGAGGCCAGGAAGGGAAGAAGGAUGCCGACAUGCCGUCGUCGGUGAGGCUGGCCGGAAUUCAAGAUAACAUUAGCAGCCGCGCGUGCAUGGAUUGCCAGAUGUGGUGUCUUCUUUUUUAUUGGGCUCUCCAUCAAGAGAGAUGGAGUUUAGUGUUUCAGUCUCGCUUAAUUGUUCAUACUAGAGGAAGAGAGGCAAGCGUGCAAGAUAGUUCAGAAGGAGAUGGAUAGUUCUAGUUCACAAAAAUUGGAUGCAAAUGAAUGAAUGAGUUGACAUUGAUACUUUGCUGCAGUUCA